UGAUUGUAAAAGACCUUAGAAUGGUUGGCCUAACUAGCACCUGGUCCCAGCUGACGCAGGACAGGCAGAAGUGGAAGAACGUCUGUGCUAGCAAAAUUAACUCAAUCGUCACUUUAAGAGCAGAAUUAGAAAAUACCCAAAGUAGUCAGAAGGCUCGUGACAGAGCCGAUCCCAGCGGAUGUCAAGACCAACAGUCUCCGCUUUGCACUACCUGCAAGCGACUGUUUAAGUCACAAACAGGGAAAAAAGACACAAUUGCAACAGAGGACAAAAUUGCCUAGAUUCCCGGGAACGACCAAAGGCCGGAAUCAAGUGCGACAGAUGUGGUUGUUUAUUCACACGAGAGAGUGACAAGAAAAGACGUAAAUGUCAUCAAUGUAUUUUAGAUUUGUGACGUAUUUACCAGAUAGUGACUUCCUUUUUCUUAUGCUUUUUAUGUUUCGCCAUCAUCCAUGUGGACAUGGGCAGUUGAAGGUGGAAGGCACACUGUGAGUAUUGCGUGUUUGAUGUCGACGAUGUGUAUGGGAUUUGGAUCCCGGCAAAUGUUUGUGUGGGAAGGAAAGCGUGUGGGAGUGACUUGGAGUAACAUUGAUCAAGGUCCUAGUGUGGAUGAUGACUUCAGUGUUGGCAUUGCCAUAGGCAUGAUGCUUUUGGACACAGUCUUGUACAUUAUUAUUGCUUGGUAUAUUGAAGCUGUGUUUCCUGGAGAUUAUGGAAUCCCGCAACCAUGGUAUUUUCCUGUCAUGAAAUCUUAUUGGACUGGUGCACCAGCAGAUACUGCACGGGACAAUGAUAGUGACAACCAUGAUGGCAAUAUUGCAAUGAAGGACAUGGAGUUAAACUCUUCACAUGAAGCUGACCCAACAGAUCUGCAUGUUGGUAUUAGUAUCAGACAGCUAACCAAGGUGUAUGCGAAACAUGGUGGUGGAGCUCACAAAUUGGCUGUAGAUGGGAUUUCAUUAAACAUGUACAAAGGACAGAUAACUUCACUAUUGGGUCACAAUGGAGCAGGCAAGACAACAACAAUGUCAGUCAUUACUGGUUUAUUUCCUCCUACCAAGGGUGAUGUUCUUGUGAAUGGUCAUUCUGUGUUGACUAACAUUGCUCAGGUGAGGGCAUCUCUUGGACUCUGCCCUCAACAUAAUGUCUUGUAUGAUCAACUUACAGUUAAAGAACAUCUUGAGUUCUUCAUUCAGUUAAAGGGAAUCAAGAAGGGACCAGAAAUGGAUAAAGAAGUUCGGGAGAUGAUUGAAGACUUAAAGUUAGUUGACAAAACCGACCAACGAUCCAGCACUCUCUCUGGAGGAAUGAAGCGAAAAUUAAGUGUCGGUGUUGCAUUAGUUGGUGGUAGCGAAGUCAUUGUGCUUGAUGAACCAACUGCGGGAAUGGAUCCAUCUGCUCGAAGAGCAACAUGGGACUUGCUGUUGAAACACAAGGCUGGAAGAACAGUGCUGCUUACCACUCACUACAUGGAUGAAGCUGACUUGUUAGGAGAUAGAGUUGCAAUCAUGGCAGAAGGACAGAUUCGAUGUGUGGGAUCUUCUCAUUUCCUCAAAGAAAGAUAUGGUGUUGGCUACCAUCUGACGGUGGUGAAGGGUGAGCAUUGCCAACCAAAACUCGUCACUCAGUACAUCCAGAGGAGUUUUCCUUUUGUUAAGAAACACAGUGAUGUUGGUCAGGAGCUGUCUUACAUCUUACCAAGGGAAGAGUCAUCAAGAUUUGAUGAAUUCUUCAAACAGUUUGAAGAGGAAAUUGGAGCUCUUGGAGUCCAAAGUUUUGGACUGUCUUUGACUACAAUGGAAGAAGUGUUUCUCAGAGUGGAGGAAGCAGUUGACGAGUCAGCAGAAGCAAGAGAAAAGCGAAGAAAGGACAUUCUUGUAGCUCGUGAGUCUACUCGUUCAUUGAGUGUCAAGGGUAGGCCAUCAGGAAGCAGUUAUGGAGAAGCUGUGAAAGCUGGCCACCAACAACUGCUAUCAGAUCGAAACCAAGGACUGAAGUUGUGGUGGCAACAGUUUGUGGCUAUGUACAUCAAGCGUUUUAUUAACUCUAAGCGUGAUAUCUAUGCUGUCAUAUGGCAACUUAUUUUGCCAGUUAUCUUUACUGCUCUGGCGCUAGUAAAUGUGCUGUUUAUUGAUUUUGGAGGAGAUGAUCCUGCUCGCAAAAUGACACUUACUGAUCUUGGAAAAACAACAGCAUACAUAGCUGACUUUCCUCAGCAAGUCAGUGUAGAUGCACUUCGAUUUGCAAAUGACUACUUGGCAAGUGUUGGCGUUGUUGAAACUGUAGAUGUUCUCAAUCAGACUAGAGAACUGAGGCUACUUGCUUCCCAAAAUGCAACCAAUAUGAAACAGUGUUGUAGAAACAACUUUCUCGUUUUGCAGGAUAACUGUAUUGAAUGGAUGCAGGAACAAGGCGAAAGCUUUAUUGAUAACAAUAAAUGUGGUGAUGAGUUUGGGUAUCGUCUAUGUCAUGGCUGUAAUAACAUCGAUACACAAAACUGUCUAGAUUGUGCCAAGUUGGCAGAGAAUGGUGCCGUUUUGAUAAAUCCAGGCUAUGGUGAUUGCCCACUUCUGCCAAGCAAAAAUCACAAGCAGUUUGACGAAACUUUCUUUUUGGAGUACAUCUUGCAACAGAGUGAUGAUGAAGUCUUUUUUGAUACCCAUGCUAGUGGCUACACUCUGGUUCAUCGUCUUCCAGAGUCAUUUAAGACAUACUAUGAAUUAAGGGGUAUUUACGUCCCAGCUAAUGCCUCUGCAGUAGCCACUGUGUGGUUUAGCAACCAAGCAAUUCACACAUCAGCAGCAGCUCUGAAUGCUUUCAGCAAUUUUGCAAUGCGAUUUACAUUGUGGCAAGCUCUUGGAGGGUCAAACAUCACAAAAGAAAAUAAUGGCAGAGUGAACAUGCAAGAGACUGUAGUCAUUAACCAUCCACUUCCUAAGACUGCUGACUCUCAGAGUGAUGAUGCACUAACUGAUCCUAGUGGGUUGGUUCUUGCAUUUUUUAUUUCUCUUGGAGUUGGUUUUCUGGCUUGCAGCUUCAUCUUGUUUCCAAUUCAGGAACGUGAAAGCAAUGCAAAACAUCUUCAGUUUUUGAGUGGAGUAUCACCUACAAGCUACUGGGCCGGAUCAUUUUGUUGGGAUUUCACAAAUUACUUACUUCCUGCUGUUGUUAUUCUUAUUCUCUUUGCUGCUUUUCAAAUUGAUGCGUAUACUGACAACUUAGGGGCUGUGUUUGUUGUUUUGAUUUUCUAUGCAUUUCCUGUUUUGCCACUUGUGUACUUGCUGUCGUUUCUCUUCAAAUCUCCAUACACUGGAUUUGCUGCGUCUGUUCUCCUGAUUGUGCUGACAUCAUGGAUUGGGUUUAUCUUUGUCUACGUUUUGGCUCUGCCGGGAAUUAAUCAGAAAUCUUUGUCUGACACCCUUGCCUACAUCUUUUAUCUACAGCCUAACUUUGCUGUCAGCCAAGCUCUUGCAGAUAUAAACACUAAUGCACUUGUGAAGAAAGUGUGCGCUGUAGAUGACCACUCCGAGGUUCGUUGUAAAAUGAAUAACAUCAAAUAUGUUAAUAACAUAUUUAGCAUGGACAGACCUGGUAUUGGACUUGCUAUUCUGUACAUGGAAUUGGAAGGACUUUUUUUCUAUACACUCUUAAUCUUGGCAGAGUAUGGGUUCUUCAUCAGCAAGUUAAAGGCACUGUUUUCUGACAAAUCAACAACCACAGAGGGUUACCAGCAAGAGGGUGUUGAGGAUAGUGAUGUUUUCAAUGAGAGACAGCAUGUCAUGUCAAAUGACUUCAAUCCUGACGAUUUCAUUGUUGUUGUUAAGGAUCUAGUGAAGAAUUAUAAAGGUUCUGCUAGGAAUGCUGUUGAUCACAUGUCAUUUUCUAUUCCUCGUGGAGAAUGUUUUGGCCUACUUGGUCUGAAUGGUGCUGGCAAGACUACUACAUUUCGUAUGCUGACGGGAGAUCUCAGUAUGAGUGGUGGAACUGCAUUCAUUGAGGGACUUGACAUCCGAGAAAAUCUCCAUGAAGUACAAAGACGUAUUGGCUACUGUCCUCAGUUUGAUGCUCUUAUUGAGAAGUUAACUGCACGAGAGCUGCUUACUAUGUAUGCUCGUCUUCGUGGCUAUGUGGAGAGAAAAAUACCGGAGUUGGUUGAUUCAACUAUUAGGCGGCUGGAUUUAGGACAAUAUGCGAAUAAACCAUGUGGUACCUACAGUGGUGGAAACAUGCGAAAACUAAGCACAGCUGUUGCACUAGUAGGAGAACCGUCUAUCAUAUUCUUGGAUGAACCCACUGCUGGCAUGGAUCCUAAAGCGCGUCGUUUUCUGUGGGAUUAUCUGGUUGGAAUAUUAGAAGAAGGUCGCAGUAUUGUCUUAACAUCCCACAGCAUGGAAGAGUGUGAAGCUCUAUGUACUCGCCUUGGUAUAAUGGUCAAUGGGCAAUUCAAGUGUCUGGGCAGCACACAACAUCUCAAGAACAAAUUUGGUAGUACUUAUUCUCUGACCGUGGUAGUGCAAGAUGAACCAGACACUGGAUAUCCACAAAUAGCACAAUUAACUGAGUUUAUUAGCCAAACUUUUCCUGGAGCUCGCUUGGUGGAACAACAUCGUGGUCAACUAGAGUAUGAAAUUGCUGGUGAGGGCACUGCGUGGUCUAAAUUAUUUGGACAGUUGGAGAGUGCCCGGGUUCAACUCAACCUUUCUAGUUAUUCUGUCAGUCAGACUACCCUGGAGCAGGUGUUCUUGCACUUUGCAAGGGAACAGCAUGACCAACAUGCUUGAUUGUCACUGUCAAGGAUCUUUAAUAUGUCUGUUGAUUGCAUUGUUUCUUCUGUGCUGCUGCUAAGUGAGAGGAGUGGGUUGGUGAUUUGUUGUGCUUCAUUAUACACUAUGAUGACAAGGGCAUCACGUAUUGGUUUUAAUGAUGCUAGGGUACAUCUUGUUAAUUGAUGCUUAGAAUGACUGGUCAAUGUGGAAGAUCAAGCAUUUCGAUUCCCAAUCAAAGAAACAGGAAUUGCACAAUUUAAGAAUUAUGUGUUUAAAAGAUUGUUGAAAUAAAGUAGUAAUUGUUUACACCGUG